AUGAUCAAUGAAUCGCCACUUAGAAAGCGAGAUUUAAACUCAGCAAGUGUCAGCGAUCGCGGAAGUCGAGGUUUCCAUGGGGACCAUUUGAGCACAUCACCGGCAAGGAAUGUGUACCGCAGCUUGAGCACGUCACCCGCUAAGAAAAUGCAGGCGCGAGAUUUGACACAGCCGGCAAGAAGACUUUCCCCUAAGAAGAGAAGCCGCGAGGGUGAUUUUGAAGCGGGCUUUCAAACGACCCCAAAACGGUUGCAAUCGCCAACGUCCCUUCAAGAUCAUUUAAAGAAUCUGGGCACGGUAAGCGUGGAUCGCGUGAAAUUUGAAAAGGACAACAGCGCCGUGAAGAAAUUGAAAUUCCCGGUUUCACCUGCCAAGACACAAUUCAGCUCGAGCCAAACUCUUGGUGGAGACGGAUCCCUCAGCAGAAUACGAACGAGGUUUGGCGGAGGUCUAAAGUCGCCUCAGCGUGCUCUCUCUGGCAAGGAGGAUCACCAGAGGCCCGUAGACGCGACACAGCGCAUAUUAACAUCGAAAUUAGACGCAGAAGCCGACAAACCUUCCAUUAAAUCCAUGGGAUUCGAUGUGAUACAUCAGAAGGCCCCCCAUUUACGAUUUGGUAGCCCUGAACCGGCUCCAAACCGGAAAAGGGUCAAGUUUGAGCUCAGCAAUGACCCAAUGGAGCUCAAAAAAGAGGUUUCUGAAUUGCGGAGUCUUUUGGAGGAACUCAACAAGCGUCAAGACGAGCUUGAAGCGAGGUUGUCACGUCUGGAGGAGAGGAGAAAAGGCGCUAUUGACUGA